GAACUCAAGUGCAUUCGCUUGUAAGUGGAUACCUGACAUUCUACCCAUGGCGAAGGAGCCAACCCGCACAAAUUGUGCACUCAUGGCGCCCUAACGCGCUCGCAAUGUAAGGGAUGCUCCUAUGUUACCGAAGUUAUCAGAAACUUGGAUUAAGCUUGCCUAGCGUGCCCCGGACGCUUUGCACCGUGCCCGCGCGGCUGCCGACAGCCCGCGACUGCAACACCUCGGCUUCGCGCCUCGCAGCCUUGUUACGUCAGCUGCUGGAUGCGUAGCACGGCCGGAGCCGCUGCGUACUUUGCAUCGGUCCUGGUCCACAGCCCAACCCACCCAACAUCCAUCGCAUCGCUCGUCGGUGUCAGCGCCGGCACUGGCGCAUCCGCCCCAGCCGCGGCGCUACUCCCACACCGCGCCUGCCUUGACCGCGGCAGCACCCCGGGCCCCGCCGCCGCCGCCGCACCCGGGGGCACUCCCAGCUGCCCGGAACACUCGCCACCGCGGCAGAGCGGCGCUGCUACCACUGCCACAACCGCCAUGGCAGCAGCAGCUCCCAUGGUCGCCGCUUCCACCGCCGUUGCUACUAGCGCCAUGCCGCUAGCGGUGGCGGCUCGCGCAGUGGCGGCACGGCCUGCACCGUCGCCCGCAGCCGCCCACACGCGGCGCGGCGCCGUGCCUGGCACCGCUUCUGCCGCUGGCGCCGGUCGCGACCUGACCACCACCACCACCACCAGCAGCAGCCGCCGCCAUAGCGCCAGCAACAGCAGCAGUCACGGGGCGUUUGGCGCGUUCUGGGGCCCCUGGGUGCGCAACCUAGGCAGUAGCAGUAGCAGCCGCGGCGGCAGUAGCCGCGAUGGCGCCAGCGGCGGCAGCGGCCCCGCACCGCACGGCCGGUUGCUGCCACCACACCACUCCGUGCCGCCGUCCUCGUCAGGGGCCGCGCCAACAGCGGGCGCAGGAGGCGAGCCGGACCCACAGCCGCCGCCGCCCGGGACAACCGGCGCUGGCGGCGGCCCCGCCCGCCCCCGCCCCCGCGCCGUGCGCUCCCGCAGCACCACCCGCACCAGCAGUGUGAGCAGCGCCACUGCCACCACCACGUCCAGCGCGACACCGCAGCCGGCGCCGCCCCCGGGGGCGGCCGGCGGCACUCGCGGCCUCAGCACCAGCAGCCGGUCACUGGGCGCCGACCAGGACGGCCAGGAGGGUGGCGAGGGCGGCGCCAGCAGUGGCGGCAGCAGCGGCGGCAGUAGCAGCGGUGGUAAUUGUAGCGGUGGCGGAGGAAACGGCUCCGCCGCCGCACCGCCUUCCCCAGACGCCGUGAUCACGACUGGCUCCCAGUCCGCCCCCACCUCCACCUCCACCCCCACCAUCCCUAUUCCAGAACCCGCACCACCACCACCAGCACCACCACCACCCGCCUCCUCGCGGCCGCCGCCUCGCUUCAGCGUCUUCCAGCUCCCGGGCAUGGACGCCGCCGGGCCGCGCGGCCGCCAGGCCUCCGCCGCCGAGCUGUUUGCUGCGCUAGCGGCGGCGGCGCCCGACCAGCGCGCGGUGUGGGCGGCGGUGGCGGAGCUGGCGCCUCGGCUGCUGAGCGCCACCGCGCACGGCCCGCUGCGGGGCUUCGCGGUGGACCUGGAGACCACGGGGCGGCAGUGGGCGGAGCACCGGGUCAUCGACGUGGGCGUGAUGGACCUGGCCACGGGCGACACCUUCACCUCGCUGGUGCACCCGGGCCGUGAGGCGCUGCAGUCGCUGGACCCCGUGGUGACCCACAUCACCGGCAUCACACCCGAGCUGCUGCGCGCGCAGGCACGCCCCGACGGCUGGGUGUGGCUGGGCCUACUGGCCUGGAUGUACCAGCGCUGCCGCGCCGGCGGCGGCGUGCGGCCGGCGCUGAUCGGGCACAACCUGAACGUGUUUGACGCGGCCUUCCUGCGGCGGCAGCUGGCCUUUCAUGGCUUCCUGCUGCCGCCCAGCUGGUGUGCUGUGGACACACUGCGAGUGGCCAUCAGGUGGCAGGUGCCGGGGGCCAAGAAGCUGCAGUCGCUGCGCGAGGCGUACGGGCUGCCGGCGAUGCAGGCGCACCGCGCGCUGCCUGACGCCGUGCUGGCGGUGGAGGUGCUGGCGGCCAUGCUGAGGCAGCGGUCUGGGGCGGCGGGGGCGGCGGCAGGGGCGGCAGGGACGGCGGCAGGGGCGGCAGGGGCGGGUGGAGGAGGAGGUUGGAGAGGUGGCCUGGUCCCGGAGGCAGACCGGGUGCGGGCGGCGUGCUCGGCGGUGCAGCAGGCGCUGAACGACGGCACUCUCAGCUGGUACGCGCCAGCAGACAGCGCGCGCGCCGCCGCCGCCGCCGCCGCCGGCAGCCUCGCCUCGCGCGGCGAGAUCCUGCCGCUCGCGCCCUGGCACAAAACCUUCAAGCUGCUACAGUACAUGCAGGGCAGCAGCAGCAGCAGCGGCAGCAGCAGCGGCAGCAGCAGCAGUAGCAGUAGCAGUAGCAGUAGCAGUGUUAAUGGCGGCGGCGGCAGUAGCGGCAAGGGCCGGGGCGGCUGGGGCCAGUACGAGGUGCUGGUGGCCAGUAGCACACGGGCACGUGCGGAGGCGGACAGGCUGCAGGCCGCCCACCACGGCCCCGACUGGGCCAGUGCCCCCCUGGCCUGGUCCGUGCAGCACCCCGCCAACGACGACUACCCACUGCCCGACCCCGAGGAGCGACUGCCGCCGGAGCCGCCGCGGCAGGCGCGGGGCGCGCUGGGGCAGGCGAUGGAAUGCCUGGACAGCCACGUGGAGGAGGCGGUGGCGGCGGCGGCGGACGGGGCGGCGGCGGAGGGCGCGGCUGAGGAGGCGGCGGCGGUUGUGGCUGCGGUGAUGGGUGAGGUGGAGGGAAGGAUGGCGCUGGGGCGGCGAGUUAAAGCCACAGCCUCGAUGAUGGCGGCGGUGGCAGUGGCGGCGGCUACGCCGCCGCGGCGGCUUCGCGCGCCGCCGUUUGAGUCGGCGGUGGCGGUGCCGGCGGCGGCUGUGACCUCGUCGGACGAGCUCGAUUCGGCCGCCCCUGCGCUCGGCACAGCGACGCCGGCAGCGGCCGCGGAGGUUGAUGUGGAGUUGAAGGUGGGGGUGGAGGCGGCGGCUGCGGGAGCUGCUUCCGUGGCUGAAGCGGCAGCGGCGGCGACGCUAGCGGCAGCGAGCCGGCUCAGCCCUGUCGUGCCGGUAGGCUGGGCCGCCGCCGCACCCGCCGCGCCCGCCGGCGACACGCGUGCUGCAAUUGCCGUUCCCGGUGACAUCUUCGACUUUGGCGGUAGCAGCAGGAGCGUCAGCAGCAGCGCCCUGAACGGCAGUAGCGGUGUCGGCAGCGGCGGCGGCGGAGCUAGCCGCCCGGCCGAGCCGCUGGCUGCGGACGCAGCUGCUGCCGGCGCGGACAGCAGCGGCAGCGGCAGUAGCAGCGCUAGCCCGGCACCCGGCAAGGCUGUAGCAGGAGCCCGGCGCCGGAGCGCCAAGGCAGCGGCCGCGGCGGCACCUCCCGCGGAUGAGACGGCGGCGGCGGCGGCGGCGCUUGAAGCUGUAGCCACAGCUGCGGCUGCCCCUGCUCCGGAGGCGGCGCCGGUGGGCCGCCGCCGCCGGGGCCGGGCAGCAGCUACAGCCGCCGACACUGACGCCAGCCUGGCGGCGGCUGCUACAGCCGCUGAUGCUGCGGGCGCCUUACGCUCGGCUCCGGGGGCAGUGGAUGUAGGUGCUCAGGCGGCGCCGGAGCCACUGCCGCCGCCGUCGCCGCCGGCAGCGGCACCAGCACGCAAGCGCAAGGCCAAGAGCGCCAAUGUCGAAGCCGCCGUGCCGCCUGGCGCCGAGGGCGAGGCCCCCGCCGGCAGCAGCACCAAUGCCACCAGUACCGAUACCAGUACCGAUACCAGUACCGGUACCAUUACGGGUAUUACUAUCAGCAGCAGCAGCAGUAGCGGCCGUACCAGGGUCAGCGGUAGCGGCAGUAGCAGUAGCCGGACCAGCAGCAGCAGCCGUGCCGGCCUGGAGGCGUGGCGGGCGCUGUCCAGCCCCUUCGCCGCGGAGCCCUACGCCGAACAGCUGUGGUCGCAGCUGCUGCCGCGGCGCGGCCGGCCGCCGUUGAUGGACAAGCUGGCGGCGGCGGCGGAGUCGGGCCGGCUGCCCACGCCGCACGCGCUGCUGAUGCACGUGCCUCGCUCCGUGGUGGCCCACCGCCCCGUGCUGGAUGCGGCGGCGCUGGCGGCGGCCCUGGCCGCCACGGAGGAGCUGAGGGCGGAGCUGGGCAGCUGGAGGCAGGUGAAGGAGGCGCUGCGGGACAUGCCGCACCUGUCCACACCCGUGGCCCUGCGUGUGCGGUUCAGGUCCACGCGCGUCAUCUCGCUGCUCCCGCGCGGCUUCGCCCUGACUGCCCAGCUGCAGCUGCUGCCGGGACAGCUGCAGCCGCUGCUGCCCGAGCUGUCGGGCCUCGAGCUGGAGGCCACCUGGAUGGAGUUCGGCAACCCGCGCGCCGGCCCGCUGCUGCGCGCGCAGGGCGCCGAGUGGUGCGCCCGCGGCUCCGAGUGGGUGGUGCGCGGCGCGCUGUGGCCGUCGCCCAUGGGCGGCCCCCGCUUCGAGCUGCCGGGCCCCGACGUGCUACCCGCCGCCGACUUCAACCCCGACCGCGACCUGGUCACAGCCACUCACCGCGCCGUCACGCCGCUGCAGCCGCACGAUGUGGCGGCGGCGGCGGCGGCGCUGCUCGACAGCAUGACGGAGGCGGCGGCGGCGGAGGCGGCGGCGGCGGAGACGGCGGCAGAGGCCAAGAAAGAAAAGAAGGCGGCCCUGGCCCUGCCCGACGUGCUGCCCCCCUCCGCCCGUGAGGCCUUGUACACCCUGCUCACCACCGCCACCGGCAGUAGCAGCGGCGGCAGUGGUGGCAGUAGCAGCAGCAGUGCCCCAGAGGGCAGUAGCUGCAGCAGCAGCGGUAGCCGCAGCGGUAGCGGCAGCAGCGUUGACGACGCAGAGGGCCUGCCAGCCGCCGGCGGCAGUAGCAGCAGCAGCAGCAGUAGCAGCAGUACCAGCAGUAGCAGUAGCGCCGUUGUGGGCCGCAGCAGCAGCACGGGCCGGGGGCGGCCGCGCACCUCCCACCACCUCAUGAGCUCCCCCCGCGCCGAGCCGGCGCCUUCCGCCGCCUCGUCGCCCGCCUCCCCCUCCUCCUCCCCCUCCUCCUCCCCCGCCUCCCCCGCCACACCCGAGCAGCUGCAACCCGGUGACGACGGGGCAGCAGCACCACCACCACCACCAACACCAACAACAACAGGACCAGUUGCCACGUACGCGGCAGUAGCGGGCGCGCCGGCGGCGGCGCCGGCGCUGCUGCCGCUGCCCAGCCUGGCGCAGGCGUUUGACACGCUGCACCGGCCGCGCCUGUCCCACCUGCAGCCGUGCGUGGUGGUGCGCCCGGAGCAGGAGGGCCCGCAGGCAGCCCAGCCCCCUGCUACUGCCGCUACUGCCGCUACUGCCGCGGCGGCUAGUGCGGCUGCUACUGCCGGUGCGGCUGCGCCGCCGCUGGUGCUGACGCCGUACAGUGUGUGUGGGCGGGUGGUGGCCUUCCACGAACUGUUCUUCUCGCAGCUGCGCAUGCAGCAGCUGCGGCACAGCGUCAGGGGUCCCAACUGGGCGCCUGUGGCGGCGGAGGAGGUGGUGGCGGCGGCGGUGGGCGGUCUGGGCUUCAGCCUGACACGCGCGCAGGCCCGGGCGCUUGACGAGGUGUUGGCGGACAUGGGACCCGGCAGCGCACACACCAUGUACAGGCUGCUUCAGGGCGACGUGGGUAGCGGCAAGACCGCGGUGGCGCUGGUGGCGAUGGUGGCGGCGGCGGCAGCGGGGCUGCAGGCGGUGCUGGUGGUGCCCACCACGGUGCUGGCGGCGCAGCACGCGGCGGCGCUGGAGCGGCUGCUGGGUAGGCUGCCGGCGGCGGCGCGGGCGCAGCUGGGGUUGCCGGCGGCGCCGCUGCUGCUCACGGGGGAGGCCAAGGCCAAGGAGAAGCGGCAGGCUGCCUCGGGCCUGGCCGACGGCAGCGUGUGUCUGGCUGUGGGCACCCACGGGCUGCUGCACGUGCCCGCCUACCACCGCCUGGGGCUGCUGGUGCUGGACGAGUCACAUAAGUUCGGCGUGUCCCAGCUGGAGAAGCUCAGCAGCGGCCUCCUGCACCUCACCGCCACCUCCAUCUCCACCACCACCUCAUCAUCAUCACCCGCCGCCUCUGACGACGACGCCUCAGACAGCCCCAGCCCCAGCCCCAGCAUCAGGCCUACCUCCCGCACCUCCUUACGCACCUCCUCCCCCACCGCCUCCACCCCCACCUCCCCCACCUCCUCCACCUCCUCCGCUCGUGGCCCUCCGCACCUGCUCAACAUGUCCGCCACGCCCAUCCCGCGCACCCUGGCCGCCGCCGUGUACGGCCACAUGGACGUGUCGCGGCUGGACGAGCUGCCGCCGGGCCGCACGCCCGUGCGAACACACCUGGUGCAGGACGACGCGGACAUUCCCUACACCGACCCAGGGGUGGUGCGGGAGAUGGACGCCAUGUGGGCGGAGGUGCUGAGGGAGGUGACCUCAGGUGACCCGCCCGGCCGCGCUUUUGUGGUGUACCCUCUGCGCACUGCCAGCACAGCCGGCGGCGGCGGCGGCGGCGAGGCCGCCAGUGCGCGCAGUGCGGCCGCCGCCGCCGCCGCCGCCGCGGCCGAGGACCUGAAGAAUGCACAGGACCAGGCCGAGGUGCUGUCCGCCAUGUUUGCGCCGUACGGCGUGACCACACAGCUGCUGCACGGCAAGAUGAAGGCGGAGGAGAAGCAGGCGGCGCUGGAGGCCUUCCGGCGCGGCGACGUACGGCUGCUGGUGUGCACCACAGUGGUGGAGGUGGGCGUGGACGUGCCGGAGGCGACGGUGGUGGUGGUGGAGCACGCCGAGCGCUUCGGCCUGGCGCAGCUGCACCAGCUGCGGGGGCGCGUGGGCCGCGGCGCCCGGCCGGGCGUGUGCUACCUGUGCGUGCCGUACGGCGACGCGGCGGCGCGGCGGCGGCUGGCCGUGAUGGAGCAGACGUCGGACGGCUUCCUGGUGGCUGAGCGCGACCUGGAGCAGCGCGGUAUGGGCCACCUGUUCGGCGCGGGCGCGGGCACACGGCAGCACGGCAGGCUGGACGUGUCGCCGCUGACGCAGGCGGUGGUGGAGCAGGCCGGCGCGGCGGCGGCGGGCGUGGCGAUGGUGGAGGCGGCGCGGCGCGCGGCGGCGGCGGUGGCGGCGGAGUGGGAGGCGGCCGGGAAGGGAGGGGGAGAGGAAGGGGGUCAGGGGGAGGGGGUCGGGGAGCGGGCGCUGCUGGAGGCGGCGAUGCAGGCGUUCCGGCCCGGGGAGCUGAGCGCGGCGGACGCGCUGGCGGCGUGAGGAGGAGCUCAGGGAUGGAUGGGGGUGGUGUGUGUUGGUGUUGAAAGGUUGUGUGUGGCGUUUGGCGGCGAAGAUGGCGGAAGAGGCGGCGCUGCCGAGUGGUGCCCGUCGGUGUUGGGCCGUGUGGGAGUGUGCGGAGCCCUAGUUCGUCACGAGUCGUCUCCGCAAUGCAGUGCCGCCUUAUCCUAUGCAGAAGUGAACUAACUGACGCUUGGCAUUGCGAGAAGCGCUGCCUGCCUGGAAUAUCG